AUGGAAUGGCUGCUAGCGAACCCGCAGAUCAACAGCACGUUCGGCUCGCUGGGCAGCUACGUCGGCGAUGUGUACAAAGUGAGUGAGGACUGCUUGGUCACGCUGGAGGAGAUCAUCUGCAAGCUAGCGGUGGAGGAUGCGACCCUGCGAACGUUCCGCCGGGCGAUCGGGUUCGGGCAGAAUGUCAAGAACGACAUCCUGCCGCUGCUGGUGAACGCGAAGGAUGCGAAGAUCGUCGACACCACGAUCCGGCUGCUGGUCAACCUGACCGUGCCGAUCGAGUGUCUGCUGCCGGUGGACCUGGUGUCCUCGUCCGAGAUCGGCCGGCACACGAUCUUCGAGCUGAACAAGCUGCUGAUCACGAGCAAGGAAGCGUUCACCGACUGGAAGUCGACCAAGGCGGUCAUCGACUACAUGAAGGGCAACCUGGAGCGCGACUCGAAGCUCUCGCUGCAGCAGUGCGACAGCGUCAACAACUGUCUGCUGCUGCUGCGCAACAUCCUGCACGUGCCGGAGAUGGGCCCGGGGGGUUCGCAUGCCGCGCACAAUACCUCCUUCCAGAACCAGAUCAUCUGGAACCUGUUCACGCAGAGCAUCGACAAGCUGCUGAUCUACCUGAUGUCCUGCCCGCAGCGGGCCUACUGGGGCGUCACGAUGGCGCAGCUGGUGGCGCUGAUGUACAAGGAUCAGCACAUCAGCACGCUGCAGAAGCUGCUGAACCUGUGGUUCGAGUCGACGCUGUCCGAGAGCUCGGAGGACAACGAGAGCAACACCUCGCCGCCGAAGCAGUGCAGCGGCGACUCGAGCCCGAUGCUCACCUCCGACCCGACGUCCGACUCGUCCGACAAUGGCAGUGGCAAGAUGCCAUCGACCAUGAGCAAGGAGUGUUCGUGCGAGCCGUCCGGCCAGGGGACGCGCAUGGUGGCCGACUACCCGACGCAGAUCAUACUGUCGCGCGCGAUCAAGUCGCACCAGCUGUACCACCAGGGGUCGGUUUCGCCGGGCGGCAGCUGCAGCAGCGGGUGCGGGGGCAGCAGCACCGGGAGCGGCAGCAACAGCCUCGGCAGCAGCUGCGGCGGUAGCAGCAAGCCGUCAUCGGCGUUCUCCGGACCGCGACACCACCAUGGUGACCACGGGAGGACCCCGGGCGGUCACUCAGACGCGCAGGAAGUUGGCCGAAAUUUCACCAAAAAGUCCAAGUGCGGUAAGGGCCUUGACUCGAUGGGUACAGGUGGAGUAACGUUCGCUGCGCAACCGCUGCCCCUGGACAGCCCGACCAAGGACCUGCAGUCGGUCGACGGCAGCGAGGGAUCGGAAAAUGGAUUGGGUUCGAUCGAGCAGGAACUGGCCGCGAGUCAAUUGCAGCAGAACCAAUCACCGCCGAACCAACGGCAGCAACAGCAGAACACUCCCAGCUCGGGAGCGACAACCCAGCAGCAACAGCAACAGCCACAGCAGCAAAAGCAGGGCCAGAUGCUGUCGGAAAACUCCGACUGCGGCUACGGGACGCAGGUCGAGAAGGAGUCCAUCUCGACGUCGAGUAACGAAGACGAUUGCCCGCACCGUAAGCCCAUGCACCAGAAGCCGCCGACGAACCAGAAGCAACGCUUCAAUGCGGCCAACAAGCAGCGGAAUCCGGUGUCGGCGCAGGAAAAGAAGGAGCUUCGCCGGAAGAAGCUGGUGAAGCGUGCCAAGAGCAACAUCAUCACUAUGAAGGGCCUGAUGCACCACGUCCCGACCGACGACGACAUUUCGCACAUCCUGAAAGAGUUCACGGUCGAUUUUCUGCUCAAAGGAUACGGCCAUCUGGUGCAGGAGCUGCACAUGCAAUUGCUGUCGGACUUGCAAAUACAAAUCGAUACGUCGCACUUCUUCUGGCUGGUCACGUACUUCCUGAAGUUUGCUACCCAGCUGGAGCUCGACCUGGAGCACAUCAACACCGUGCUGUGCUUCGACAUUAUCAGCUACCUGACGUUCGAGGGCGUGAUGCUAUGCGAGCAGCUCGAGCAGCUCAGCAGAACCGCUGAGAUGGACAUUAAGCCGUGCCUGCGAAGGAUUCAUCUGGUUGUUACGGCAAUACGCGAGUUUCUGCAAGCGCUCGAUACGUACAAAAAGAGCACGCACCUUUCAACGGAGGACAAAGAAAAGCUCAAGCUCCUGCAGCUGCAGAUAAGUGCCACGCAGGAUUUGCGGAGCCUGUUCGUGCUGCUGCUGCGAUGCUAUAACCCCAGCAUCCAGAGCCGCCAGUACCUGCAGGACCUGAUCGUCACCAACCACACGCUGCUGGUGCUGCUCGACAGUGUCCGGGAGCAGACGGGCGAAGGCGCCCCCGAGGAUAUGCUGUGCCAUAUCAAGCAAUUUGCGACGGUAGAAAUUAUGCACCAGUACGGGUUGCUGCUGGAGGACUUCCGCGAGAAUGGCGCGUUUGUAAAUGAUUGCAUUUUUACGAUGAUGCACCAUGUGGGCGGAGACUUGGAACAGAUCAAUGUGCUGUUCCAGCCGAGCAUACUGAAAACGUACUCCCAGAUCUGGGAAACGGAGUAUGAGCUGUGCGAUGAUUGGUCCGAUUUGAUCGAGUACGUGAUUCACAAGUUCAUCAACACACCGCAACCGGCUCCGAAGACGCUCUCCAACACGCUCCCGGACGCGAUCGGUACGCAGCUCCUUUCCGGCAAUCACCGGCUCGCCACCUGGACGCAGGAGGAGAAAGACUCCCUGCACUGGUACUACGUCCAAUGCCGCCAGAGCAAGUGCCUGGUGGCGGACAUACUGAAGCUCUUCCAGGAGAACGGCAACCAGCCGAAGACGCGGCUCUCGAUCAUCGAGCAGCUGCUCGAGCAGGACAUUGUGACGCGCGCCCAGUACGACGAGCUGAUGAAGGUGGAAAAUCCGGGCCACGAGCGCAACGUGCUCACGCCGGCCCUCUCGGUCGCGUCGGGCGACACGCCGAAGGACGACGGCGUGGAACCAAAGGCGUCCACCUCGAAGGCGAUCGACGACAUACAGGUGUUGCGGGAUCGCUUGCAGAAGGAAAACCGGGGCAAGCUGAUCGCCUGGCUGCAGAAGGGGCUACUAGAUUGUUGCUACGUGCGGCUGAAUCAGCUGAGCACCGGCAUUAACAACGCGGCCGGAGUUGGCGGGAUCACCGGUGCGGUUGUCAUGGAGCCCGUUUCGUACCAUUGCAUUUUGAAAAAGCAAUCUAUCCCAGUGGUACCGUGGAAUCAGGAUCAGUUUGCGAUACUGUCCUACCAGCCGUUUAUUCUGCUGCUUCACAAGCUCGGGUUCCAUCUGCCGGCCGACGCAAAGAAGAUGUUCGUCCGCAUCCCCGAGUUCUGGACCGCCGACAUCCUGUACAACAUUGCGCUGAAGCUGGGACCGCUGGAUAAAUCGAUUCUUAAGUUCGAUCUCAAGUACCUCGACCAAGUGCUCUCGAUGGAAAAGCAACCAAAGGCCGACCCUUGCCCGCCAACCGAUUCGCGGUUAGAGAACUUUGGAUUAUCAAGAUUUGCCGCCCCAGCAAUUGCGAGCAACUGGUUGGACGUCGUAAUGCGAAACAAGGCAGCCCAAAGCAAGCGCAAGCUAGACCUGCCCGGCCCUGCAAAGGUCACCGAGACGCCAAACGUCACGCACCCGAGUGCCGCGCUGGCCGGCAAGUCGGUCGUUCCGACGAAAAUGCUGCACGACCUUUCGAUCAUCGUCGAGACAAACGACGGCGACGGCGACGGCGAGCUGGCGGAGGACGACGAUGGGCUCGACUGCUCGGAGGUGCCGGUGCUGGAGGAGCACGACGUCGUCAGCGCCUGCGAGACAGCAUCCGUUGCGUCCGACCUGACGCGUAUGUACGUGAGCGACGAGGACGACAAACACGACAUCGUGCCCCCGAUACUCUAGAAAGGAUAUUCGGAUGUCAAUCAUGGGCCGCUCAUCCCCCCCAACCCUGGUGGCUGGCGCUGGCAUUAAGGGGACCGUGGAAUACGAAAAACAAAUUUCCGCACAUCAGCUUCGUCCAUUCCCAGUUUGAUGCUGUCGUUCUAAGUUAGAAACUACAUCCAGAAACAACUUUUUACGUCGCAUUUCCUCCACGCGAACUCGUCGCGAUGGAAAAGUUCAGAUCAAAAGGAAAGGAUUCCCGUUUCACGAAAUGCAAUAUGGUGAGAUAGAAAGGAAGGAUUUCAUCCCAUUCAUCCAGUAUUUUGCUUUGCGCGGCCUUGGUUGCACAACGCACAUGUAAUUUCCGAUGUCAUGUCAACCAAAAACCACUGGCAAAACUAGUGCAAUUCCCACAGCGGGGAACACCCGGUGUCUGCAUCGCUCGAUGAAACUAGUCCUGUUCAAAACGGGAUCGAAAACUCCGCUAGGAAAUUGACGGCACGAACGUUGUAUCUCACUGUAGAGAUUUAGAUAAGCCGAAACAUUUACCGUUCCAUUCCAAGAGUGGGUUAGCUAAGCUAAAUUGUACUGCAAGAGUACAAAACUAAUUAAAACAUUUGGUCACUGUAACCUUUUAAAUUGACCCCUGCUUUAGAGGUGCCAUUAGAUGGUACUCGAUGGUGUCUGUUGUUCUCUUCACUGAGCACUAAAGAAACUAUUUGAAACAAAAAAAAAAACAAAACAGGUGUAUCUAAAUGUUUAAUGAUGUUGCUCUCGAUCGGCUGUUGAAACACAAAAUUGGAAAUUGCAACUGCGCCAUCGGUUGCAGUCGGAAAGAGAAAACUAAAUCGUUGACAGUGUAAUGGUGUUGCAAAGGUUUACAGAUUAAGGAAGCAAGUGGGCCACGGGAAUAAUGGGCGAUGGUUAUCGAUUUAAGAAUUUUAUUCAAUCCGUGUUUACACUGGGACACAUUGUGUUACCCAUUUUUAAUGUGUCUCAUCCGGCAAGCCGAAGGUGUACCGCAACGUGUAAUGCUGGAAGGCUGUGCUGGGGAGGGAGGAAUAGGAAAAUUACAAAGACUGUAAGGAACGGGGAACCAAUUAAAGUGCAUUUUGAAAGUUUUCUUAAAAAACAAAAAUUAAUAAAAGUAAAAAACAGGUGCAGCAGAGACUGCAAAACUCGGAUGGUUCGAUUCAUUCGCAUGAUGGAUUUGGGAAAACAGUAUAAGAGUUAUAUAAGUUUGCUAAAAGUCAGAACCGUCAUCGGUGAUAAGCAUACAGGAAAAUAAAGGAUAUAUAUGUUUCGAAACUUUUUCUCCUCGAUCCUCCACACAGCCACGUUUUGGAAGCCGAACCGGUGAGCGGACACGCGUAAAAGCAAGUGGAAAACAACGAAAAUUAAUGAGAUUGUUAGACGGGGCCAAGCCUCGUAAUGGAAAAGGGAUGAAGUCCGCUCCCGACUAACGCAGAUGAUGAUGAGGCUGUCGAGUCAAUGUUUGAUAAGCUUACGAAACAAAUCAAUCACAAUAUGAUGAAAAUGUAGAGCUUUUCCUACUUCACGGAAGCAAGCAGCACGCUAUCCUCUGGGAGGGUAGUGUGUGUUUUAAGAUUAUAUACGAUAAGUUACAAGCAAGAGAAACAUAAAUGUAGUUAUUU